ACUGCCACACGUGUUAAAAGUAAAUACAAAACGAAAAUUUAUUAAAAAAAAUCGUAAAAUUUUCCUUAAAAUAAACAUAAAAAAUGGGUAAAUUAAAUGUUACCGUCUUACGUUAUUUAACACGAGAAGAUUUUCGUGUUUUAACUGCGGUUGAAAUGGGUAUGAAAAAUCAUGAGCUGGUACCCGGACCAUUGGUAGCCUCUAUAGCUAAUCUUAAGUCUGGUGGUGUACACAAGCUGUUAAAGGAAUUGUGCAAACACAAAUUGUUGACCUAUGAAAGAGGCAAAAAGUUUGAUGGCUAUCGUCUAACCAACACCGGCUAUGAUUACUUGGCUUUGAAAUCCUUAACUUUGCGCGGUUCAGUUUCCUCAUUUGGCAAUCAAAUUGGUGUUGGUAAGGAAUCCAAUAUUUAUGUGGUGGCUGAUGAAGAGGGCACACCCAUCUGUUUGAAAUUACAUCGUUUGGGUCGUACUUGUUUCCGUAACAUUAAGUCUAAACGUGAUUAUCAUGGUCGCAGACAUAAAGCUUCUUGGUUAUAUUUGUCUAGAAUUUCGGCUACUAGAGAAUUUGCCUAUAUGUCGGCUUUGUACGAUAGAGGUUUCCCCGUACCAAAACCUAUUGAUUUUAAUCGUCAUUGUGUUUUGAUGGAAUUGGUUAAUGGUUGGCCGAUGACACAAAUCCAUGAGCUCAGAGAUCCCGACCAAGUAUAUGAUGAUCUAAUGAAUUUAAUUGUACGUUUGGGCAAUUCUGGUGUUAUACAUGGUGAUUUCAAUGAAUUCAAUUUAAUGUUAGCAGAUGAUGGCAAACCUGUAUUGAUCGAUUUCCCACAAAUGAUGUCAACAUCCCAUGAAAAUGCUGAAUAUUUCUUCGAUCGUGAUGUUCAAUGUGUGCGAGAACUAUUUCGUCGUAAAUAUAAUUACGAAAGUGCAGAAUAUCCUAAAUUCUCAGAUAUCGUUCGAGAUGAUAAUUUAGAUACUGAAGUACAUUGUACAGGUUAUGGUUUUACUAAAGAAAUGGAAAAUGAUUUGCUUAAGGAAUAUGGUAUGAUUGAAGAGUCCGAUGAAGAAGAAGAAAUCAACGAUGACAAUGAUGUUCCAGAAUUAGUUGAAUCUACGAACGAUGAUAUUAAUGAGUAUCGUCAACAAUUAGAAAAUGAAAUUAAAUUCAGUGAAUUAAAAUCUGCCAAAGGUGGUGAUGAUUCUAUAAGACGUUAUAUCGAAUCAUGUUCACAAUAUUUGGGUAAUAUUAAGAUAGGACCUGAAGUAGAAAUACCCGUAGAUACACCUAAACCUGAAGAUAUACAACCUAAACUAAUAGCCGAAGAAGAGAAUACAAAAACUCCAGAAAAUCAAUUAAAUAUCAAAGAAACUUUACUCGCAACUGAAGAUAAAGAUGAAACUUCUUCAAAUAAAGCGAAUCAAGAUGACUCUGAUGCCCAGUCAAUAAGUUCUAAUGAUUUGGAAACUGAUAAUGUUCCGGAAUUGGCAAAUGUUGAUCCAAAUUCUCGUAUGUAUCGUUUGAAAAUGGUUGAAAAACUAUUAAACGAUGCUCGUUCUCAACGUUCUUAUUCAACAACGGCUAGCACAAUUGCUCCUUCCGUCAUAACAGAUCGUAUCAAACGUAAUAUGGAUAAAAAGGAAAGAAUUGAUAUGCGUAAACGUUGUGUAGCCAAGGGAGAGGCGAGUGCUGUGCAUCGUCAUCGUAAAGAGAAUAAGGAUGUUGUUAAGGAAUAUUCCGGUUGGGAAUUUUAAAUAUUUAAUUUAAGCCUAUUAUUUAAAACGAGAAUUAAAUGUGAAUUAAUUCUUUUGUAUAAUGUAUUUGUAGUAAUUUUUAUUGUAAUUCUUCUUUUUUCUUAACAAAAUGAAUUUUGUUUUUACACUUAACAAAAUUAAAUACAUUUUUUCUAACAGAA